AUGGCCAUGACAGUGAUGAACUUCCAAAGAGGUCAUCCACAUGAUGACCAAAGUUACAUCGGUGAAGACCGCUUCACUGUCUCUCCUCUCCCUCCAGCUGCAUUAGCAUCAUUACCAGAGGCUGCUACGUCAACACCUAUGAUGCCUGAGUCACCUGCUGCGUCUGAUAUCCUCCCGACAGUGUCGGCUGCGCCGGUGCCUCCUACCCCAGCGCCUCUUCUUACUUUGGUGUCUCCAUCUUCACCUGCUGCUUCUGCUCCGGCUUUAGGUUCAGAAACUCCGGUCUCAGUGGCUCCUGCUCCAGCUCAACCUUACCUGGACCCCACUUCGAGCACACCUACAUCGUUUUUUCAACACCGAGCCCCCUUUCUACGUGGCUUUAUUGGUGUGCCUCCACCAACGGGUUCCUUUAUUGAUCCGUCAACAAGAGAGUUGACCUUGGUGCAGGGGUCCGGUACCGCUGUUCUUAGUCCUCGUUACCGUUCAACCUGGUGA